GCUUAAUUUCCUCAUGGAGGGUUUACAUGGGAAUCAGAAUAGCGCCGCGUUGAGUGGACGUACCAGAUACAGUGUGUUAACCUCCGAAAACAUGGCAGAUCAUAGUGAACCAUCUCUAACGCGUAGUCGUACGAAUGACAAAGAAAGGCAAGCUCUGGAGGAAGCAGACUCGAACAUUGGUCUGUGUGGAUGGUUCCUGGUACUAAUGUCCAUCUUGCUGACUUUGGCCACCUUCCCUCUCUCCAUAUGGAUGUGCAUAAAGAUAGUGAAAGAGUAUGAGAGAGCCAUCAUCUUCCGUUUAGGACGAAUUCUCAAAGGAGGUGCUAAGGGGCCAGGUCUGUUCUUCGUCCUGCCCUGCACAGAUACAUUCAUUAAAGUGGACAUGCGCACCAUCUCAUUUGACAUUCCCCCACAGGAGGUCCUGACCAAGGAUUCGGUGACGGUGAGUGUGGAUGGCGUGGUGUACUACCGCGUGCAGAAUGCCACGCUGGCUGUGGCCAACAUCACCAACGCUGACGCCGCCACCCGCCUGCUCUCCCAGACCACCCUCAGGAACGUGCUGGGCACCAAGAACCUAGCCGAGAUCCUGUCCGACCGCGAGGAGAUCGCACACAGCAUGCAGGCCACGCUGGACGAUGCCACGGACGACUGGGGCAUCAAGGUCCAGCGCGUGGAGAUCAAAGACGUCAAGCUGCCCAUUCAGCUGCAGAGGGCCAUGGCCGCUGAAGCAGAGGCCACACGGGAGGCCAGGGCUAAGGUGAUUGCGGCGGAGGGCGAGAUGAACGCUUCGCGUGCGCUGAAGGAGGCGUCGCUGGUGAUCGCCGAGUCCCCCUCCGGCCUGCAGCUGCGCUACCUGCAGACCCUCAACACCAUCGCCGCCGAGAAGAACUCCACCAUCAUCUUCCCCCUCCCCAUAGAAAUGCUGCAGGUCUUCACCAACAAAUAAGACACACACACACACACACACACACACACGCACACACACACACACACACACACACACACAUACCCACUCACAAUACAUACACUUACGCGCACACAUACACUCGCGCACACACUCACAAUACAUACACUUAACGCAUGUCACAUGCAUACGCUGCAAGUAUACUGGACUUUGGACUGUGUGGAUGGGAUGCAAUAUACUCACUAUCAUUUAAGUCAGACAAAUAGCCAUACAACCACACUCCUCACUUCACUCUCUCCAAAUGCAUCAAGGCAUUUGGCCAAAUCCAUACAAUGUUUUGCCAUUGACAACAUGUUACAUUUAGCCUUGGAAGCCAGCUCACAAGUUUGCCCACUUAAGAUAUGUUCAGGCCAAUCAAAUUGUUUGGUUCGGGUUUAUACGACGAUGGACAAGUCAGCAACAGUGAAGCAGUCAUCCACGUCACUUGAGUGUGCUUGAGUUGAUUUUGUGCGCAGCAAAUAAUAGGUAUUGUGUCUAUUAUGCAAGAUGCUGACAGCACAAUAACUUUAAAAGACGAACAGAGAACACAGUUUAAGCCUAGGCAUUUGACAUCCUAAAAUAUUGUGGGUGGGGUAAAGUCAGGCUGGCUUCCAGUCUAUGUUGAAACAUGCCCCAUAAUCAAAUUCAAAUGGCGUGCUACCAGACACCAAUUCUGAUGAGAAUUCUAAUAAGGCUAUGUCACAUCCUGUGUGCCUGCAGAGAUAAUGCAGAGAUGUAUCCUGCGAAGAGACACCUACAUAGAACAUAAAAAGAUACUGUAUAUUGGUAGAUAUACUGUAGAAGUAGACAUGAUUGGCUGUUGUUGGUAGAUAAUUUGGCAGAUAUAUGAUUGGCUGUUUUGUUAGUUAAACCUAGUGUUUGGCAACACUUUUAGUACAGUAACAUUGCAUCAAUCGCACAAUUCCCAGCAUGUCAGAGUUUGUGUCAGAAAAUUACCCAACAUAACACCCUUUCUCGAAACAGUUUGAACAGUCAUGAUAUGACUUCAAUACAGCGCACACAGAUGUAUUUCUUUAUGGUAUGAGAAGUCCUGUGAAGUGGAGUGGAAUCCAGGUCAUGAGGCAUCAGAUAACGUGAGAAAAUAGAAGUAACCACAUCUCAGCCCUGCUGCAAACCCACUUGCUCUUAACGUUGCAUUCUGACACACAUUCUCACCUCGUAAACAUUUGUGUCGAUUGCCUCGUGGCACCAUGUUUUUGUUUACAGUUUAAAGCAAACAAUUCUACAAAAACAACUCUAAACAAUCUACUCAAAAAUGUUGCCUGUUUGCCAAAUUGGAAUAUACCUCUGAGUUAAGACCCUUUGGACAAAGGCGUCUGCCAAAUAGCAUAACCAUAACCAUAAAACCCAACAUGCCACUAAGUUGUGUUUCAAUACGUAUCAAUGAAAGGUCAGUGUAAUUGAAUGGUCAACACUGUAAACAUUCCUGAGAAUCUGAGUAAUGUUCUCAGUUCUGAGUGAUGCUUAAUUGUCUUGUGUGUGUGUGUGUGUGUGUGUGUGUGUGUGUGUGUGUGUGUGUGUGUGUGUGUGCGUGCCUGUGGGAGUAAGCUGUUCUGAAUGCAAAAUGCAGAUGCCUUGUAUUUUACUAUGCUGUACCUGACUUUCUAUCUUUCUCUAUCCAUGGGUUGUAUCUGACAACACAAAGCCUUAAUGAGUGUUACAUACUAAUCUCACCUGCAAACAGACUUUUCUAAACAAUUUAUCAGGAAUUUUUUUUUACUUCAGAGCUUUUUUUAUUUUAACUAACACGUUGAAUGAUUCAGUAUUAUAGCGAUUGAUACAAUUAACCCUGUUUGUAAGUAUGACCCAUGGCUGUGGCUAGAGUUAGAAAGAUAAUAAUAGAAAAUACUAUUGCGGUGUCAGGGUGUUUUAACUGCCCUGGAACAAGCAGUUUUGUUCACUGCCAAGUGAUCUGCUUUGCCUACUAAUGUGUUGUCUUGCCAAAGAUGUGAAUACCCCAGUGUUACGCGCCUAUUUGUACCUCUGCCAAGUUAACUUUCUAGGUUGCAGCGUGUGUGGUCAUUCAGAAGGAAGCCGAGGGCUUUGUUUUAUUGCUUCCUGGUGCACUUUGCUAUACUGUGUUUUCCGGGUAUGUGCCGAACAGCACGUAUUGCCAUAAUAAAGUUAAUAUUAAUCUUUCUACUGUUAAAUGUAUGUGAAAUAAGUUUGUGUAUUAAGUUCCAUAUACCCUUGUGUAUGAAGUUGGUGUUUAUUGCAUACAUUUGCAAAUCACCUCUAUGUGUUGAAGUUGUGUAAUGUUGAAAACACGCACGGACAUCCGCAUAUAACAAUAAAACAAUAAACAACUGAUGGUUUAUACCA